AUGGCGGGACAGUUGUCAGAUAAGUACAUGAGUCAGCUAGAUUCCUGGAUUGGUACGGGACCUAAGAUCUUCACCCUUCUCUACCAAAUAACCAGGGACGGGUGUAACGCUACAACAUUCCACCAGAAGUGUGACAAUCAGGGGCCCACUGUGACGGUGCUGUACAACCAACAAAGAUCUGUGUAUGGAGGUUAUGGAAGUUUGAGCUGGAACAGCAGCAAUUCAUAUAUGAAAGAUGCAAACGCGUUUAUCUUUCAACUAAGGUAUUCCGGCAACGAAAAAACAACCAAGUUUCCAAUAAAAAUUCCAGAAUAUGGUUUAUGUGGAAAUUCUACAUACGGGCCAACGUUUGGUGGUGGAAAUGAUCUGCAAGCAUUCACUGGUACAGUGAACAGCUCUGGUGGUUAUUUCGCUCUUAACGGCCGCAUGAAUGUACAUUCCUUCGACUACCAAGGCCUUACUGUCGACAAAAUAAACAAUGGCAACUUGCAAGUGACCGAACUAGAGUACCUUGAGACGCUUACCGAGGACAUCGUAUCGUUCAAACCCUCCUGCGAGUUGGGACUGUCGGAUGUCCGUAUCCUGAUGCUGGGUCCAGUGGGGACGGGCAAGUCAAGCUUCUACAACACCGUCAACUCAGUAUUCAAGGGUCGCAUCUCCCAUAAUGCACCAUGUUGGGUCGCUUCUAAUGGCAUAACAAUUGCGUACAACCCUUAUGCGGUCAAGGUGCGUUCUGGAAUUCCGCAAGCGGUUCUGCUCACCAAAGUUGACCUGGCGUGUCAGGAUGUUGCCAGUACACUCUCCAGCGUAUUCACCAGCAAGAAAAUUGAGGAUGCUGUGAACAAAGUAUCCAGCAUGUUUGGGUUGCCCAGAAACCAUGUACUGCCGGUGAAGAAUUACGAAAAUGAAAUGGAGCUUGAUGACAACAUCAGCAUUUUGGCGUUGCUUGCACUGCGUCAGCUACUCUUCUUUUCAGAGGAUUACAUUCAAGUUCUGCAAGACAAACUAAAAUCUUGCAUUGCUUCCAACGAGAAGCCUCACAAACGAGAAUCAUUAGAAAAAGGCAGUGACCAAGAAUAA